UAUAUUAACAUCUGACGUUUCUUGAAAAUAUAAGGUUGAUUUAAUUGAAAGGAAUUCCUUUAUAUUAUAAGAUAAUUAUUGUUUAAAAUUAAAUAUACGUACAAAGACAUAAUAAUGUCUUCAAUAAAACUACAAGAUGAUAUUAACAAUAUACCUUUGGCUGACGAUGAUCCUCAAGUGAUUAUCAAUGAUGAACCAGAACAAAACUCAAUAUCUGAAGGAAACUCUUCUAGUAUGAUACAUGGUAGAAGUAUGGAUUCUAUUCAAUCAACAUUUACAAAUGGAAGUUCUAGUCCCCAACACAAUAGUUUAGAAUCAGAUUCCAGCCCUGAUGAACAAGAAGAAAAAGCUCGACUAAUUUCUCAAGUACUCGAAUUACAAAACACAUUGGAUGAUCUUUCAACCAGGGUAGAUUCAGUUAAGGAAGAAAAUUUGAAGCUACGUUCUGAAAAUCAAGUGUUGGGUCAAUAUAUAGAGAAUUUAAUGUCCGCAUCCAGUGUUUUUCAAUCUACAUCACCAAAAAUUAAAAAGAAGUAAUUUUGUGACGUUUUUAACUAAUUAUGUUGAAUUUGCACCAGCUUCUUAUGUGAGCAUCAAAGCCUGUGAUUAAUUUUAUGUUAGAUAAUUUAGACAGUGGUUAGUUAAUUUGUAAAGACAAAUAUAUCUGUUAAUUAAAUAUUAUCUUCUCUAAAUGCUGAUUGUAUGACAGCUUAUAAAGAAAUGUAACAGUUUGCAUUAUACAUAAAUAUAUCUACAGAAUAUUGUAAUGUUAAAAACACUGAUGAGAAUAAUAUUUUUAAAAUUUUGUAUAUCUGUACUUCAGAACAUUUUUGGUAUUUAACAUUUUCAUUAGCAUUAAAUUAAAGUUUGGAGAAGCAUAUACAACCUAAACAGUUCUCAAUAUUUUUAAGAACUGUGCAAAUAGGAUCACCAUACUGAUACAUUUUUAGUUACAGCCUAAUUCAAAACUUGAUUGCAGUUAAAUGCACAUUUACCCAACUAUUAUCUGUUUAAUCUUUCGCCUUCAUUUAAUGAUUUCCUGAAUUUAAUGAAAUCCUAAAACACAAAUCAUCUCUGCUUGCCUUACUGAGAUAACCAACAUAAUAAUUAUAUAUAAUUUAUUUAUUUUAGAGAUGAUGCAAUUAAAUGAAUUAUUUGUAUGUCUUAUUAUGAUGUAUUGUUUCACAUUACAUUUAAAUUGAUUUUUCAGCACUAAUAUAAUUUCUAUUGUUCAGUGUUUAUUGU